UCCCUCGUCGAUUUCUAGGCCUAUCUUUCCUCCGUUGGGAACGAAGUAACUCGAAAGGAGGAAGCUCUGUUUUUGUCAGUCGAGUACUUCAUGGUGAGACUCCCCCCUCCCUGCCUCACCUGUACAACCUCUCUUUUUUUCCCUCCACUCUCCUCCUCCCUCUUCUUUAUACCGCACGGGCCUUCUUUAUAGUUGUCAUCUCAAAAGAAGAAGCUGCCAGCCCAAGAUGCGUCUGAUCGCGCUAGUCUCGUCGCUACUCUUAGCGACAACUGCCACCGCUGGCGGUCCUAGCUUCGGCAAGGCUGAGAAGAAGUACCUGGAGCAUGUCGCCAACAGACUCAAGAACCACGCUGCGAAGGUCGAGGCUGCCCCGGUCGUUGAGCGUGAUGUCGCCAAGGUUCAAGAGCCCAAGUUUCUGAAUGACAACACUACAAAGUUCGCUGUCGACGGGAAGAACAUCCCUGAUGUGGACUUUGAUGUGGGAGAGUCCUAUGCUGGCAUGUUGCCUAUCAGCCAGGACCCCGAGGAGAAGAGCGAGCUUUUCUGGUGGUUCUUCCCAUCUACGAAUCCCGCCGCUAAGAAGGAAAUCCUGAUUUGGCUUAACGGUGGUCCCGGCUGCUCUUCACUGGAAGGUUUCCUCCAAGAAAACGGCCCGUUCCUCUGGCAGUAUGGCACUUACAAGCCCGUCAAGAACCCCUGGAGCUGGCACACCCUGACCAACGUCAUCUGGGUCGAGCAGCCCGUCGGCACCGGCUUCUCUACCGGAAACGUCACUGCCACGAGCGAGGAGGAUGUCGCUGCUCAGUUCAUGGGUUUCUGGAAGAACUUCAUCGACACUUUCGCCAUGCAGGGCUACAAGGUCUACAUCACCGGCGAGUCAUAUGCCGGCCUGUACUGCCCCUACAUCGCCUCCGCCUUCCUCGACGCCAACGACAAGACCUACUACGACCUGUCCGGCCUGAUGAUCUACGACCCGGUGAUCUCGUGGGACGAAAUCCAAGAGCCGAUCCCCGUCGUCCAGUUCACCGAGUACUGGUCCGGCCUGUUCCCCUUCAACGACACCUUCCGGGCGCACAUCAAGUCGGUCGACGCCAAGUGCGGCUACUCCGACUUCGUCUCUCAAUACCUCGUCUACCCGCCCAAGGGCCCGCAGCCCUCCAAGCUGCCCGGUACCGAUAAGAACGGCACCACGCGCAACGAGUGCUGGGGUUUGUUCUACGACGUCUUCGACGCCAUUUUGUUGCUGAACCCGUGUUUCGACAUCUACCAGGUGGCCACCACCUGUCCCCUGCUGUGGGACGUGCUUGGGUUCCCGGGAUCGAUGGGGUACCUGCCCGAGGGCGCCUCGGUGUAUUUUGACCGGGACGACGUCAAGAAGGCGAUCCACGCUCCCGAGAACGUCAAGUGGUCCAGUUGCUCGGAGCAGGACGUGUUCGUGGGCGGACGCGACCAGUCGGAGCCGUCGAUCUUCCAUGCCUUGCCGCACGUCAUCGACGCGACCAAGAACGUGAUCAUCGGCCACGGCGCGAUGGAUAUGGUCCUGAUCGCCAACGGCACGCUCCUGGGCAUCCAGAACAUGACUUGGGGCGGCAAGCUCGGGCUCCAGAACAAGCCCGACCAGCCGUUUUAUGUGCCGUACAACACCAUUUCGGACCUGUCGACGCUGGCGGCCGGCGGCGUGUUCGGAUCCAUGGGCAGCGAGCGAGGCUUGACCUGGGUCCAGAUCGACAUGUCGGGCCACAUGGUGCCGCAGUAUGCGCCGUCGGCGGCGUACAGACAGCUCGAGUUCUUGCUGGGCAGAGUGAACUGCUUGAACUGCACGGUCCCGUUCACGACGAACCCGGAUGCGCCGCAGAGCCAGCAGCCUUUGGGCAAGGGGACGGCGCCUCAGAGCUGGAGUAAGUUCUCGGGUAAGAAGGGAGGACACCAUGGAGGUGGAAAGGGCAGGUUUGUCAGGUAAAGGAGGCGUGAUGAUCAUGGAGGUUAUGACGAAUGAAGAGUCUAGACACCAGUAAAUGAGAGACGAAGCUCGUAAUGAUCAAAAAUAAUCCUAAAUAUUGUGUUGAAAUCCCGUCAGCUAGGUGUGGAAACAAGGAA